GGACUCCCAGUCCCACGUUCAAACUCAAAGAUGUCAGGGAAGCAAGAUGGCGACAAGGAGCGGGAGGGCUACUCCAUCCACAACCCGGGAAACCCGGACUUCCAGCGCCGCAUGGCCUCAGCCUUCGGCAACCUGGAGCAUCUGAAUCCCGGCGGGGGGCGGACACAAGAACGGGACUCCCGCGGUCCCUGGCAGCGUCCCCCCGCCCCCGACUAUGUGGUCAACCCCAACAGGUGGACCCACUACAGCCUUCAGGAAGAAGAAGAUCUGAACGACCAGACCAACCGAGCCGCCGCGCUGGACUUUCUGGCAGACCUCCGCAGACGACACAACGACGCUCAGCCCCUCAACAUCUUCGAAGACUCCGACUCCAAAGAGGAGGAGGAAGACGAAGAAGAAGAUGAAGAAGAUCAGAAGGAUGAAGAGGAUGGAGAAAGAAAGAAAGAAGAAGACAAGAAGGGAGAGAAGAAAGAAGCCGCCAAACAACAGUGUCCCCCCAAGUCGUCCAGCAGACCGUGGGACCCGGAAGGCCGUGUGGGCAGACACAACCUCCCCCCUCCUCCCCCGAUGAUGUUGAUAAACCCCCCGCUCAGCGUCCACUCCUCCCUCUCCAAGCGCCCCAUGCAGAGCGUCCCCCUCCCGAAGACGUCCGGCAGCGCGGCUCUACCCAAGGCGGAGGUGAGACCAUCCGUCGGCAACACCGCCCCGGACACCACCUACUUCAGACCAACCUUCCAGCCCAGAUGGAACCGCGCCGGCGACCACCAGGGAGGGAAGACGGAUGUUGGAACGGCCGGUGCCCCCCCUCCGGACAAUGGGAACAAACCGGACAGCGCGUCGCGCUGGAUGAGCGGGACCUACACCAUGCCGGAGUACAGAGUCGGCCAGAAGAGGAAGGCCUCUCGACCCACAAGGCAGGCCUCAGAUGUUGGCCAGAAGGAACAGCCUGCCGCCAUGGGCCUCCAACAUCUCCAGUGGUAUGAUGAUGAGGAUGAUGAAGAUGACGAUGCGGUACCCACUGGUGUAUCUUGGGAAGCCUCAACAGAGCGGCCUUCAGAGGAUACCUCUUCACACACAGCAAAGAAGGCUAAGAAGAACAUUCGCCCGCGUCAUGAUGACUAGCGAUAGGAACGUUUGAAACUUAGGGGAAACAUUUAGGGAACCUAUCACUGAUCACGAUCAGUCUUAAUUAUAUGAUAUACAUUCAAACCUUACAUAGCAAAAGCAGUCCUUGUCAGAUGAACAACAGACAUAUAGCAAAAUGUCAAACUUGCUAGGAGGUCUAGCUCGUGUUUGACACUGAAAAGCAGUUCUGUUACCAGCUACUUAGAUACAGAUAUUUGUCACAAACAGAUAGUUUACCAUCCUCACAUACAUGUACACUUUCAUUAAUGAUAAAAAUGUAUGGUACGUUUCCUUUUUACUUUGUAAUGGGGUAUUUUUUGUACAAGUGUUUGAAUAGACUUGGAAUUACAAUUUUUGAAAUAUUGUUACAUCUUUGUGUUCCAGUUUUAAGGAACUUUUGAAAUGAUGCAAGUUAAAUGCAUGUUUAUUUUGCAUUUUUGUAAAUUAUAUAAUUUCUAUUCAAUUAGACUUUGAAUUUGCAAUAGGGAGAUACCAUGUUUUUUUUUACUAUUGCAUUAUAUCUUGAUGUGCCAAUGUAUAUAUAUUUGCUUUUGAGUGAGAUUGUAAUCAUAACUUUUCGUAGUAAGGUAGGAAUUCAAAAGAUAUUGUUCAAUAAGGUAUCAAAGCUACCAUCAGCCAGUUUGCAUGGUUUCCAUUUCCUUUUAAUUGCUGUGGUUUUAAGCUAUCAAGAUUGAAGUUAGUGUGAACAAAUUGAAGAAACAUCGAAUCAUGUUCUUGAGCGUAAAAACAGAAACAAGAGCUUUUGUUCAAGAGAUUGAAUGCGUAGUGUCACCUUUAAGUAUUUAUUACAAAGAUCUUGCCAAUGUUUUUGUGUAACAAUAUUCAAGUGUAACUUUCAACAUCAAGGAAAACAUUUCAUGAUGAACAGCACUGGUCAUGGAAUGGUCGACAAUCCACCGACUCUAUGAUGUCACAAUUAUGCAGAUAGAACACAUGACUUGUUGAUCAGUGGAUCAUAAGUUGCAGAAAGUUUAUGGCGUCCCCCGUCUCAAUUAAGGGCUGGGUUAUUAUUCCUCACAAUCAUUCCUUUAUACAGACGGAGGAUGCCGUAAACUUUCUGCAACUGUUGAUCCACUAUUCCUCUUUGCUGUAAAUUACAGUUGAAUCUUACUACAGAAUGAGUUUUACUAAUAUAGACAAACAUUCUAGUAAAUUUCUGCUUGGUUUAACGGUUUAAACUCUCUACAGAGCAAAUACAAGACAUAGAACCCUUGGGGAUGGACCCCUUGUAGUGAGACUGGCUCCACUCUGAAGGGUGAUGUAACAAUACACAACAUGGAGUAAUGAGACUUUUGCCUGGGCUUUUUAACAAGCAUGUACUAAUAAUGAAAGCAGGACACUCAGAUGUUUCAUUUAAAGCAUGUAAAUUGCCAGGACACACCCUUGAAGCCAGAGCAAGCCGGUUCUUUUAAUGAAAUUAUAUUAGUCCAUUACUAUAUUGUAGUUGUUACGUAUUGGACUAUUGUACUUGUGCAUGACGUGAUAUUAGAGAGACUACUAGAUCCUCUCUUUGUGUGUAUAUGCUGAUCAUGAAUGAACAGUAUCCCGAAAAGGGACAUUUUUCUCUGACAAUUACAAACGACGUAUCUUUGUGAUGUUUAUCUGAUCUGUUGAUGAGUUGUCAGGAUAAGAUAAUAAACAAUUGAUGUAUGAAA